AUGACUUCAGCGUUCGAUUCAAUCAUUUGUGACAUCAUCUCAAGUGCUCCUUCUGGUGAGAUCAAAGAGAUUUACAAUGAUUUGAAAGCGCUCACAGGAAACAAGUCUAAUGAUUCCAUUUUGGAAGCAAUUACCGCGUACAAUAUUGAAAACUGCAUUCCGGUGAAUGUUGACGGAGAAAAGGUUAUAAUCUCGAAAUAUAAUAAGGAGGGCUCUAAAUUUUUCAGUCCCGUUACUUCUACGUUGUUCUCUGUCAACCAUUUGGACCGGGUGGGCCUCGAUUUGGAGAAAACUGAUAGAAGCUUAACGGAGGAACAACAAGGCAUAUAUGAUGACCUACUAAAAUACACUAAGAAUAGUUUUCCAGGUGAUGUCACUUUCGCUGUCUAUCCAGGUGCUGUCGAGUCCGAGUUCGUUAUUAUAAUUGUGAGCACGAAGUACAGCCCUGGUAACUACUGGAAUGGGCAUUGGAAAUCUGAAUAUGUGUUCAAUGUGAACUCUGGAAGUCUCGCUGGAGAUGUUGACGUUAGCGUUCAUUAUUUUGAAGAUGGAAACGUAAGCUUCAAGUUUUCAAAAGAUAUCACAAGUGAGGCUUCGCCUUCUAGUGUUGUCACGGUCAUCAGAGAAUUGGAAAACGAACUUGAAAAAGAGAUGAACGCCUCCUUCACAAAUUUAAAUGAAAAGGAAUUCAAACUACUGAGAAGGAGGCUUCCCGUAACUAGGUCAAAAAUUAACUGGGGUAAGGGGAUCGGUAAUUAUAGAUUAGGCAAAGAUUCAUCGCAAAGCCAGAUCUAG